CUAAAAUAAUAGAUUAAGAAAAAUAUCAUGUAGCUCAAGUUCGUCAUAUCAAGCAGGCAAGAUAAAUCUAUUUUGAUUUUAGUUGAGCUAUGUACGCCUGACAUAUAAUUUUGCAGUCGAUUAAAACAUAUACGAAUCAGACCAAUAUGUACAUAUGAUUCGGAUACAAGUUUGGAGCAUAAAUAGUUUUCUUUUCGACUAACAUAAUUUUUAUUUAUUUUAUUUUUAUAUAUUUUAUAACUAAAUAAUAUUAACCUCAUAAAAAAUCUAAAAAGACUAAUUUUUAUACAAGAUUAUUGUAAUAAAAAUAGGACGAGUAACCACAGCCGAAGUGGCUGGGCCAGGCCCUGCCCUGCCCAACAGAGCCAUGAGCCUCCUCAGCUGCCAACUCCAGCCUUGCUGCAACAAUUGGGAUUCUUUUUAUGCGAAAUGAUCGUGUCAAUCGGAGCCCAAACCUCAUCAGGAGAGCGGAAAAUUCUCUAGGACAUCACAGCAUUGAGCGGCCCCCAAAACCCCAGCCAUGCCGGCCGGCGCGGGCGCAGCCACGCUCCUCUACCCCAAGCCCCCGCGCCCGCUCUACUCCGGCCUCCGCUUCCUCCACACCGCCGCUGCCUCCCCACUCCGCCCCAAGCCCGCAUCCUUCGCGCCACCCCCCAGAUGCAAACCCGGCGCCGCCACCACCACCAGCAUCCAUGCCUCCUCGCCUGCGUCCGGCUUCUCCUUCCUCUCCUCCUCGACCUCGCCCCCACGCCAGCCGCGGCGGCCCGACCCGCCCGAGCCACCCUCCACCGUGGCCCACGCGGGCCGCAGCAAGAAGGGGAAGAACAAGUCCUCCGGCGGCGGCCGCAUCGAGGGCAGCGGGGACGUGCGGCGGGAGGCCAAGGCGAAGGCCCGCGUCCGCAGCCGCCGCCUGGGCGAGAAUGCCUUCUACCGCCGCAAGCGGCGCGCCGCGGCGGCCGCCUCGGGGCAGGCCGACGUCUUUACCGACGCCGAGCUCGAGAUGAUCGGGAUGGGGUACGACCGCGCCGUCCGCUUCAUGGACGGGCCCAAAGACCCGCGUCUCCGCCAUCCGCACGACUGGUACAAGUACGGCCGCUACGGGCCAUACCACUGGCGCGGCAUCGUCGUCGGCCCGCCCAUCCGCGGCCGCUUCUCCGAUGACCGCGUCUCGCUCAUGUCCGAGGUCCACGACCACGAGGAGUGGGACAGCAUCGAGCAGUUCGACAUGUCAAACCAAUUUUCGCACCGCCUCAACGACCUCGGCGACGACGUCGGGUUCAGGUACUACUGGGUCUUCGUGCGACACCCCAGGUGGCGCCCCGACGAGAAACCCUGGGAGCAAUGGACGCUCUCGGCCGAGGUCGCCGUCCAGGCCGACAAGGACCAGUGGCUCGACAAGUGGAGCCUCAUGGGCAGGUUUGGCAACCCGACGCGCGAGCUGAUCACGCGGUGCGCGGCCUGGACGCGCCCAGACAUCAUAUACGUCAGGCGGCCGCUGUACCAAUCGCGCUUUGAGCCGCAAGAGGAUUUCUUCAGCAAGCUGCGCCCGUUGGUUGAUCCAGCCACGGAGAAUGAGUUCUUGUUUGAUCUCGAGCAGGAUGGCCAAGUCAUUCAAACAACCUACUUCGGUGGUCUCUGCAGGAUAGUGAGGACCAACCCAAAGGCUUAUGUUGAUGAUGUUGUGAAUGCGUACUCAAGGCUGAGCGACGCAGACAAGUCGCGCUGCCUAGAGUUCCUGCUCACAAACCAUCCCAUGGAGCUCCUCCAUCCUUAUACCAAUGAGUGGAAGGUGAAGCUAGAGGAAAUGGAGCUGGGGUGUGAUGCGCCUGAUGAGAGUGAUGAUGAUGUUGGUGAUGAUGAUGGAAAUGAGAUUGUUGAUUGGAUUGAGGAUGAUGAGGGUUUGGAUGAUGAAGGUGAUGAUGAUUAUGAAGAUGCAGAAUUAGUCGAUACAAAGGAAGCAGAUGAAAUUGAAAAUAGUGAGGAGAGUGAGAAGUACUGGGAUGAGCAAUGGAAGAAAGCGAUGAAAAGUUCUGAUAAAAUGGAGAAGCUGGUGAAGACGAGCAUCGAGACAUCAAAUGAGUACAAUAAGCAGCAGAUGGAACUAGCGAAAGAUAUGGAAUGGAAAAUGAGAAGAGCAAACGCAAUAGUUACAGAGCAGGAACAAACUGAGGAAGAUGAGGAGGAGCAAGAGAGCGCAAGGAGCACAAGUGCACAGGAUGGAGGGCAGCGCGAUGUCAAUACAGGGCUCUUCCUGAGGGCCGCCGUCCGGCCAUUCACUUACAGGAAUCUAGUCAAGGAAAUUGUUUUGAUGAGACACCACAUUAUUGACGGAGAGAUAGUUUAGCUUCAAAAUGAUAGGAUAUGUUCAGUGUUUCAGAGAGCCAUUUCAGUGUUUCAGAUUGCUUCAAAACAAUCUCUUGGUUCUGUACAAUAUUAGUGAUAUUGAGCUGUUGUUGACAAUUUUUAAAGCUGGGUUCUUAGGGAAUACUCAAGGCAUCAUGUAAUCUUUCCUCUUACAAUUUUUUUUUAUGAGCCUUUCAGAAUAGAAGCCAUGAUAUUUCUGAUAGAUCGUUCUUCAUAAUGAAAUUCAUAUGUGAGGUUAAUUUUGAUUUA